UAGCGACAUGUGACAACAUUAGAGCACUCGGUAGUUAGGUGAAGUCAACGCAGGACUUUAAAUGAGAAAAACAAACGACUGUAGUUCUUCUGUUGACUUCCUCCUUAUUUUUCGUCCAUCACAUCUCCCAUCAAUUGUUAUCCCUUUCCAUCUGUUCAACUUUUGUCCCUUUCUGUCUCUCUCCUCCCAUUCAGUAGACGGUCAGACGUUAACAGCGCCUCCCUGCCACCGCUCACUCGUCGUCAGCCAUGUUGUUGGUGUGACACUGAGCUGUCAGCAACAGGUUCUCUGAGUAACAACGCUGCUAAACUUAAACAUUUUUCCAACAAAUACCGCUCUCUUCGGAUAAUACGUCUCUACAGUGUGUCUGGGGAGCUGUUCAGAAGUGGUGGGUGAUCAUUUCGGGUCCCCCAGAAGCUCAGAAGUUGAUGUUUUUGCCCGCCCUGAGAGAGGUACGCAAGCGAAACUGCUUAUCUAAGCACGAGAAUGGCUGCGAGCAAUAGCUGAGGACGCUGCCGGGAGUUCCCCCUCUGUGUAUCUGCCAGCUGCAAGAAUGAAUGGUGGUCCAAGUGUAUGGGCGAUCUCUCCAGAGGAGAGGAGCAAACAUGAUCAGAAGUUUGACACCCUCUCUCCAUCAAUGGGAUAUGUCUCAGGUGAGCAGGCAAGGAAGUUUUUCCUCCAGUCAGGACUGCCUCCCUCAGUCUUGGCUGAGAUAUGGGCUUUGGCUGAUAUGAAUAAAGAUGGGAAGAUGGACAGGUUGGAGUUUUCCAUUGCUAUGAAGCUCAUUAAGCUAAAACUUCAGGGCACACCGCUUCCUUCGGCACUGCCAAUUAUCAUGAAGCAGCCUCCAGUACCUGUUCCCACCCUCAAUAACCCCACUUCAACAAUGACCAACCCAGCCUAUGGUAUGGGUACUUUGCCUAACAUGCCCAUGAUGCCCGGGACAAAUCUUGCCAUGUUGACCCCUAUCUCCGUAGCAACCCCUGGACUCUCACCUUUGACACCAAUGACAGGACUCAGCCCUUUGGUUACAACAACAACAGGCCUGAGCCCUCUAAUCGCCUCCACCCCCACAAGGCCCCUGAUGCCCACUGUGGGAAACACCACCCUACCAAAUGGCAACAUGGGAAUUCUCCAGCCUCUGGUCACUGGCCUGCCAUUUUCUGCAUCCUCCUACUCCUCUCCUCUUGGCCUCUCCUCUGCUGCUUCUGGUAUGAACAAGGCCUCAUCACUGCUGGACCUCGGAUCUGUCAGCUCUGCUUCAUCAUCCCCAUCUGUGAUGUCCCCCAUGGUCGCUGGCCCCAGUGACUGGGCUGUGCCACAUGCCUCCAGACUCAAAUACAGACAGCAGUUCAACAGCCUGGAUAAACAGAUGACUGGAUACCUCACUGGUCAGCAAGUGAGAGGUGCCAUGGCAACCACAAUGCUGACUCAGACACAGCUGGCUUCCAUUUGGACUUUAGCUGAUGUGGAUAAGGACGGCAAGCUAAAAGCUGAGGAGUUUAUUCUGGCAAUGCAUCUCGUGGACAUGGCAAAGUAUGGACAACCCCUGCCGCUUACCCUGCCGACUGAGCUGGUACCACCCUCACAAAGGUUGGCAGCGAAUGGAUCCAGCCCUUCCCUGAUUGAUGACUUGGACAUAGAACCUCCACAGAAACCCAAAGCUAACUAUUCAUUCGAGGAUAAAUUCAAAGCUAACCUGGAGCGAGGGAAUGCAGAGCUGGAGAAAAGACGACAGGCUCUGCAGGAGGCGGAGAGAAGGGAGCAGGAGAGGCGCGCUCAGAAGGCGAAAGAAGAGCAAGAGAGGAAAGAGAGGGAGGCUCGAGAGGCCGAGGAGAGGAGGAGGAAGGAGGAGGAGAGGAGGCUGGAGCGACAGAGGGAACUGGAGAGGCAGAGAGAAGAAGAGCGGCAGAGAGAAAUAGAGAGAAAAGAGGCUGCACAGCGGGAGCUGGAGCGCCAGAGGAAGGAGGAGUGGGAGAGGAGGCGGCGAGGAGAGCUCCAGAUAAAGAGGGAGCGUGAGCAGGAUGAUAUCAUCAAACUGAAAGCUAAGAAAAAGAGUCUGGAGAUGGAGCUGGAGGCUGUGGGUAACAAACACCGUCAGAUCUCAGACCGACUGCGUGACUUUCAAAACAAGAAGAAGCUUCAGAAGACAGAGCUGGAUCUGACCAAUCAAAAGAUAGAGACACGCCAGCAGGACAUUAACAACCUGCAGAAACAGCUAGAGGACUUCCAGAGGAAGUUGUCCCAUCUGACUCCAGAACAGAAGAGGCUGACUGAGAAACUCAAAAACAUGGCUCUGAAUAACCUCCCUGCUUCGGCCAUGUCCACCUUGAAGGGGAGCGUCACAGAGAAAAAAGGGACGUGCAUGAAACUCCGACAGCAGCUGGAAGCCCUGGAGAAGGAGACUGCUGCCAAACUGGCUGAGAUGGACCAGUAUAACAAAGAUAUGCAGGAACUGAGAGAGAGUCAGAGAAAACAGCAGGCAGCACUAGAGAAACUACGGAGCAUCAAAGAGGACAAACGUCAUGAGCUGAUUCGAAGGAAAGAGCAGGAAGAGGAGAGGAGGAGGAGGGAAGAGGAGAGGAAAAGACAGGAGGAGGAGAGGAGGCGCAGAGAGGAGGAGGAAGCUCAAAGGCGAAUCAAGAUGGAAAAAGAGCGUCAGUGGCAAGAGAAGCUGAAGAGGGAUGAAGAGGAGCGCCAGAGAAGGCUCCAGGAGGAGAGGGACGCCAAAAAGAGAGAGGAGGAGGAGAAAGAGAGACAAGCUCUUAUCCAGGCAGCCAAGGAAGAGGCCGAACGAGAGCUCAGAGCAAAGGAGGAGGCAGAGCGGAAGAGAAGAGAGGAGGAGGAGAGGAAGAAAAGAGAAGAGGAGGAACGGCAGAGGCAAGCAGAGAGACGGAGGCAAGAGGAGGAGAGGAGAAAGCUGGAGGAGGAGAGGAGGCAGCUAGAGGAAGAGAGGAGGAAACUGGAGGAGGAGAGGAGGAAAGAGGAGAAACGACGCAAAGAAGAGGAGGAGCGACACAGGCGCGAGGAAGAGAGGAAGAGGCUGGAGGAGGAGCGGAGAGAGGAGCAGCAUAAGAGAGAGAGGGAGGAGCAGGAAAGGAGGAGACAGAGGGCUGCUGAGGCCGCCAUCCGCGAUGAGGAGGAGAGAAGAAAGAGAGAGGAGGAGGAGAGAAGAAAGAGGGAUGAAGAAAAGAGGAGGCUUCAGCAGGAAGAGGAGAGAAAGAAGCGUGAGGCAGAAAGAAAGAGGGCAGAAGAGGAGAGGAAGAGAAAGGAGGAGGAAGAGGAGAGGAGGAAAGCCAAUGAGGAAAGAAGGAGGAGGGAGGAGACAUCUCAUCAGCAGCAGCAGCCGAGUGGAGGAGGAAAGGUGGAUAUUCAGGAGAAGCUGACAGCUCUGCUGAGAGGACUGGAGGAGAGAAAGGGUGGACAACCCAGGGCCACAAAGCACAGGAAGUCAGCAGCUCUCACAUCCUUCAAAGCACUCUACCCCUUCACUGCACGGAACAAUGAAGAGCUCACCCUCAGUGCAGACGAUAUCAUCGAGGUAGAUGAGACGAUGGAGCGAGAGGAGGGUUGGCUCUAUGGCAGCAAACAGGGGAAGAUGGGCUGGUUCCCAGAGAGCUACGUAGAGAGAGUGGGCUCAUCAGACACAGCUAAUACUGCCGCUCCUACGUUGCCUCUCCAGUCACAGCUUUCCAGUGCCCUCGAGGCCGCCAAAGCAGCAGGGAUGAAAUCUGCCUUCACCCCAACACACUCUGCAAACUCUGCACCCUCAGAGACACAAGGACAGCAGGUGGUGGGUAACCUGUUGGCCCAGGCUCUGUGUUCAUGGACAGCAAAAACAGAAAACCAUCUGAACUUCAAUAAGGACAACAUCAUUCAGGUGUUGGAGCAGCAGGAGAACUGGUGGCUGGGAGAGCUAAAUGGUGAACGGGGCUGGUUCCCCAAGACGUAUGUGAUGCUGCUGGGAGAAGAAGAGAGUUCAGACACGAAGAGCUCCCCUCCUGAGUCUAGUGACAGCCUGCAACUCGAAGAAUACGUAGCCUUGUACACUUACGAGUCUCCAGAGCCUGGUGAUCUGACUUUUAGUGAAGGAGAUGUGAUCUUGGUGAGCAAGAGAGAGGGCGAGUGGUGGAAUGGUUCUACAGGCAACAGCACAGGCCUCUUCCCCAGCAACUACGUCAAACCUAAAGAGACGGAUACAUCAAGCGUAGCUGGAAAGAAGAAGCCAGAAAUUGCCCAGGUGCUUAGGCCCCACUCCUCUACUGGCCCUGAACAGUUGAAUCUGGAAAAUGGCCAGCUCAUCCUCAUCCUCAACAAGAAUCCCUCUGGUUGGUGGCUUGGAGAGCUGCAGGCUCGUGGUAAAAAGCGUCAGAAGGGUUGGUUCCCUUCUUCUAAUGUCAAAAUAUUGGGAUCCAACAGUGGCAAGUCCACCCCAGCACCCCAACCAGUCUGUCAGGUGAUAGCAAUAUACGACUACACGGCUGCCAACGGGGACGAGAUGAGCUUCUCCAAAGGUCAGACCAUCAACGUUUUAGACAAGAACGACCCUGAUUGGUGGAAAGGAGAGCUCAAUGGGGCCACUGGUCUCUUCCCCACAAAUUAUGUGAAGUUGACUACAGUGGAUUGUGACCCCAGCCAGCAGUGGUGUGCGGACCUGAACAGCCUGGACUCGCUGAGCUCCCAGGAGAAGAAGAGGCAGGGUUACAUCCAUGAGCUGAUACAGACCGAGGAAAGAUAUGUGGAUGACCUGCAGAUCGUGCUGGAUGUCUUCCAUAAGCCUAUGUCAGAGUCGGGCCGGCUGAAGGAUGCAGAGAUGCAGCUGAUUUUUGUCAACUGGAAAGACCUGCUGGCCUGCAACACUAAGCUUCUCAUGGCACUGCAUGAUCGUAAGAAGAUGGGCGGGGAGAACAUGCCGGUGCAGAUGAUCGGAGAUAUCCUGGCUGCGGAGCUGUCCCACAUGCAGCCCUACAUCCACUUCUGCUCCUGCCAGAUCAACGGGGCUGCGCUGCUCCAGACUCGCAUUGACAACGAGCCAGACUUCAAAGACUUCCUCAAGAAAAUUGCCACAGAUUACAGGUGCAAAGGAAUGCCGCUGUCCAGUUUCCUGCUCAAACCCAUGCAAAGGAUCACACGCUACCCGCUGCACAUCAAAAAGAUCCUGGAAUGCACUGCAGAGGGCCAUGCUGACCAAGGUCCUCUGAAAGAGGCUCAGGAGAGGGCAGAAGCACUUUGUCAACAGGUUAACGAGGGCGUGAGAGAAAAGGAGAACUCUGACAGACUGGAAUGGAUUCAGAACCACGUGCAGUGUGAUGGUGCUGCAGAGAACCUGGUCUUUAACUCUCUCACCAACUGUUUGGGCCCCAGGAAGCUGCUCCACAGCGGCAAGAUGUACAAGGCAAAGAGCAACAAAGAACUCUGGGCUUUCCUCUUCAACGACUUUCUGCUUUUGACUAACACGGGGAAGCAGUUCACCUCGUCUGGUCCUGAUAAACUGUUCAGCAUCAAGAACAAUGUACAGCUCAAGAUGUAUAAGCCGCCUGUGCUGCUAAACGAAGUUCUGGUGAAGCUGCCAGAUCCUUCCAGCGACGAGCCCACCUUCCACAUCUCGCACAUCGAUAGGGUCUAUGUACUCAAGACUGACAACAUCAAUGAACGGACAGCGUGGGUUCAGAAGAUCAAGGCUGCGUCUGAAGAAUUUAUUGAGACAGAAAAGAAAAAAAGGGAAAAGGCCUAUCAAGCACGGUCAGUGAAGGCCAGUGGAAUCGGCAGACUCCUUGUUACCAUCUUGGAGGCCACUGAACUCAAGGCACUCAAACCAAAUGGUAAAAGUAACCCCUACUGUGAAGUGACCAUGGGAGCUCAGAUCUUUACAUCCAGGACGCUUAACGACACUCUGAACCCAAAGUGGAACUUCAACUGUCAGUUUCACAUCAAAGACCUUUACCAGGACGUCCUCUGCAUCACCAUCUUUGAAAGAGACCAGUUUUCACCUGAUGACUUUCUGGGUCGGACGGAGGUUCCUGUGGCAACCAUAAAAAAAGAGUUUGAAAGCAAGGGUGCAGUGACACGUCGUCUUCUGCUUCACGAGGUCCCUACAGGGGAGGUGUGGGUCCGACUCGACCUGCAGCUCUACGGCAACAAAUAGCCAUACAGCAUGAACUGAAAUAAUGACGGAGUCCUACAGCAGAGUAAACAAACAAACAAACAAAGAAAGCUGCUUUUUGUCACCUAAUAAACAUUGAUGGAUCUCCCCAGCAUGCCUAAUAUGGAAUAAGAUGUCAAACAAGAAACACACGAACUGUGUUUCACAUGCCUUAAUGUUAUCAACCAGCAAUAAUAAUACCUCUUCUGAUGUCUUCCAGUGAGCGUAAGGACCUGAGUGACAUUGUCUUAACCCGCCAAUAGGAGACAGAAUUGGCCUUUUUUUCCUUGUUCAGGGAGCAGUGGUAAUGGUUGCAUAACUGGAGCACCUGCACAAUUCAUACUGUACGCUCUGAAGGAGUUAAGAGGAAGGACCACAGUUACAGUGGAGACAUUGUGUCUCAUGAAGCUGAAUCUGGGUCCUCUCCUCUAAUUUGUAACGGAGGGAGAACUAGACAACGACUCUUUAGAAACAGACUGUUGUACUACCGUUACUAAAGCACUACAGUACAGCUACAAAUAUAAAGGUUUUUAUCUGUUCCACUGAACUAGAUUCACCGCUCUGUAUAUCAGUUACGAUGGCUGUUUUUCAAAUAUUCAAUGACUGAGGGACACUCUGCCAUGUCUGGUCAACAAAGACCAUUUAUUGAGUUUAAGUUGAGGUAGCAAGUAUUUUCUCUUCACUUACACAAUAUGUAUAUGUUUUCAAGAUGUGUUUCUUUUCAGAUCAGGGUGUGACUGAUGGUUUUCAAGAGACUGAUCUGUAAAUUCUCACAGUGACAUGAAGGGCAUCAUGAACAGCAGAUGACGAGCAGCAACACGGAUUGUGUUGGGACGACCGGGACAAGACGUUUUUUUGUUAGUACCGCUGGUCUGGAGUCAGUUUACUACUGUGGAUCUCAGGAUGUGUUGUUCUGGAUUGAGUCUGUGUUUUGUGUCUGUUGUGAGUUUAUGUCUUUGGAGUACGGGAAACAUGCUAAUUGUUCAAUUAAGAUACGGUAACGUAUGAGUAUUUUAAGCCCAGGCUUCUUGAUGCUGGAGCCUUCGAAUCAUCUCUUUAGUCUAAUCUGUCAGUUCUGUAGCAUGAUGUCUGUUGUUAUGGGGGGUCUUGGGAUAGAUUUAUAGGCUUUUUUCUUUUGUGUGCAAAAUCAGCCAAGGCCAAGUAGCUGGAGUGCAAAAUAAUUUUUAGUUGAAAGAAUGACAUGUGAAAACCUGUAUUGAUGAGCAUGUCCUUCUACAGCAGCUGAGUCAGCUGUUCACACGGGGAGGAUGUUGAGAUGGUCAAUAAUUUGAGGAAGCGCUGAUGGGCAGUUUGUCAACAAUAACAAUAAACAGUGUUUGCUCAUUUGUAUUUUUGUUUUUCACGCUUUAAGCCUGCCAGAGAUUUUAAGUGUCAUUCUUGUGUUCACGCCUCUUUGACAGCAAUAUCGCCGAUCCCUGUUGCCUCAAAAUGCUGCCCUUUCUGAACAUCCACCAUGAAAACUUAACAAGGAUGUGGUGUUUCAGAGCUUUUUAUGUUGUUGUCGGUUUCUUUUUUGUGCCCUGUUUUUACUCUCUUUCUCCUUUGUUUCCACUUUCCUCACUUUCUCCUCUAGCUUUGAGUGAACAUUAACAAAAAAGUGUUGUAUUUAUUUCUUAAUUUAUGCGUGUGUGACUAUCCAAAUGUUUGAAGCGGCUUUGUUUGCUGUGUCAUCUUGGAUAAUCAGCUGGUAUCCACUGGGUUUGUGUCAUGUCAAAUAUUAAAGAUGCCUUCAUUAAACACAUGUUGAUACUGUUUUGAAUUAAACAUCCUAUAAGAUUGAUUUUUACUGUAAGUAGACUAGGUCAUCAGUCGGUUUGUUAUGCCUGCUGUUUUGUGCUGUUGUGUUCUAUUCAUUUGUCUCAUUCAAUCAACAAAACUCUUUAUGUCAUUUAUUAACUUUGAUGGGUUUUUUUGUGUUGUUUUGUUUUGAAUUUGUGGAAAAUGUGCAAAUAGACUGCACCACCUUGCUCGUCUGUGUAGGGGUGUUAAAGUUUAGUUUUGUUUUACUUUUUUCCUGCAGCCUUCUGCAUUUGACUGCUGCUGUGCUAAAUGAGUUGAUGGCCUCUCUAUCCCAGAUUGUCUGAUCAUCCUGGAGUCUGUAACCUGCUGUUUGUAUUCACUUUGGCCUCCAUGUGGCGCUCUCUGAAUCAGGGUUUCUUAAGUCAAAUUAAAGACAUUAAAAGUGAA